AUGCAGCGGGUUGUUGACGCUCAGACGCCAAUCGAGUGCACCCCACAGGACCAGUAUCACCCGGAGGAGAAAGUGGACAGCAAGAAAACGUAUGUGUGGAAGUUCGGGCAACUGCACUUCAACAAGCCCACUGUGGACGAGGUGGAUGGCACAGCUCUCCAGCUCACACCGCGAGAGGCGCGCUUGCGAAACCUCUCAUAUGCGGCACCGGUCUUCGUGGACAUUGAGCGAAAGGUCUAUCAAGUCAACGAUGACGGCGAGAGGACAUUGACCCAAGAGGACACCUACUCCAAGGUCUUCCUCAUGAGGAUGCCCAUCAUGGUGAGGACUGAGUAUUGUUGGCUCAAAGAUGCCAAUGACCGUCAACUUACCGAGUUUGGAGAAUGCCCGCUUGACCAGGGCGGUUACUUCGUCAUCAAUGGCUCCGAGAAGGUGUUGAUCGCGUUGGAGCGAAUGGCAAACAAUUUUGUCUAUGCCUUCGCCAAGAAGCAACCUUCAAAGUACGCUUGGGUCUGCGAAAUCCGCUCUGCCCUUUUUGAAGGCUCCGCGGGCAACUCCGGCUUUGCUGUGAAGCUCUGCACCAACAUGGGUUCCAAGUCCAUGUGCCGGGGCCAAUUAGUUUGCACCUGCCCAUACAUCCGAACAGAGAUCCCACUGGUGAUCAUGUUCCGUGCUCUGGGCAUUGUAGCUGACAGAGACAUUCUAGAGCGCAUCGUGUUCGAUAUGAGCGACUUUGCAAUGCUCAAUGCUUGCAGGCUCUCUAUCGAGGAUGCGGCUCCAAUAUCUACGCAGGAAAUGGCGCUGGACUACAUCGCAAAGCGUGGACCCACAAUGGGCGCUACGCGCGACGUGCGCAUCCAGUAUGCCCGCGAGCUGCUCCAAAAGGAGCUGCUGCCGCAUAUUGGCAGGACGCGCAACAUUGAAGGCCGCAAAGCCUAUUUUAUCGGGUACAUGACCAACCGGCUUUUGCUGGGUUUCUUAGGGCGCAACCCAGAGGAUGAUCGAGAUCACUUUGGGAAGAAGCGGAUUGACCUGGCGGGUGCGCUCGUGUCUGCUUCCUUCACCGGUCUUUGGCGAAAGAGUGUCAAGGACCUGAGGAAGCUGCUGCAAAGACAACUAGACAAGGGCAAGAUCCCGGACAUAGUGGAGUGUGUGAAGCAGGCCUCCUGCCUCAGCCAGGGAAUGAAAUACCAGUUCGCGACUGGAAAUUGGGGCCAGGACAAGCAGGGGAAGCCAGUGCGAACCGGCAUUUCUCAGGGAUUGAAUCGUCUGACCUUCAUGGCAACUCUCUCCCAUCUUAGGCGGAUGAUCACGCCGUUGGCGCGAUCAGGGAAGCUUGUCAAGCCCAGGCAGCUUCACAACACCCACUGGGGUCUCGUGUGCCCUGCAGAGACGCCGGAGGGACAGGCAGUAGGCUUGGUGAAGAACAUCUCGCUGAUGUGCUGGAUUACGCUCGGGUCGGCGCAGACCAUUAUCGAGGAUUUUCUUGACGAGUGGGGGGUCCUCGACUUGAUGGAAUGCACACCUGAUCACAUCAAGACCUACUCAAAGGGCGGCAACUGCAUGGUGCUUGUGGAAGUGUUUCCAUUGUGCUUCGCUGCAGCGCUGAUUGUCGCGGUAUGGUUGAUUUCAUGCUGGAUGUUCUGGCACGAGCGCUGCCUCUUUCGCUUGCCUGGGCCUUCAAAGGCCUUGCAAAAGCGUCGCAAAGAUCUUGGAAGUCUCUUCCUGGCGAACCAGCUGGAGGUGGAUGACCCGGCCCCAUGUUGCGUCUGCCUCAUGGAAUUUGAGUCAAGUGAUGUUGUGUUCCUGAACGGGAUAUGGGUGGGCAUGCACAAGAACCCUGCGGAGUUGAGGAACACACUUCAGAGCCUGCGCCGUAGAAAAGAUGUGGACUCGGAGGUGUCCAUCCAGCAGGACUUGAAGAACAACGAGAUCCGCAUCUCCUCGGAUUGUGGAAGGUGUUCACGGCCUCUGUACAUCGUGGACUACGAGCGACAAAAGGUCUUGAUCAAUAGAACUCAUGUCGACAAGGUCAAAAGUGGGGAGUGGGAGUGGGGGACUCUCAUGCGUGAGGGGCUCAUCGAGUACCUAGAUGCCGAAGAAGAGGAGUGCUCAAUGAUCGCGAUGUUCAUACACGAUCUCGUCAAGACCAGGGCCUAUUGUAAGACGUACACCCAUGCAGAGAUUCAUCCGGCCAUGAUCUUCGGGAUCUGUGCAUCCAUCAUCCCAUUCCCGGACCACAACAUGAGUCCGAGGAAUGUUUUCCAAUCUGCGAUGGGCAAGCAGGCAAUCGGUGUCUUUGGCACGAACUUCUACGCCAGAAUGGAUACGUUUGCCUGUGUCAUGUGCUACCCCAUGAAGCCGUUCGUGGGAACGCGAUCCAUGAACUACCUGCGCUUCCGAGAGAUGCCAGCGGGUGUGAACACUAUCGUCAUGAUUAUGUGCUACACAGGCUACAACCAGGAAGAUUCCCUGAUGCUGAGCCAAUCUGCAGUGGACCGUGGUUUCAUGAGAGCAGUCUCAUACCGGUGUUACGCUGCAGAGGAGAAAUGGGAAGGGAAGAAACCGGUUGACGAGUUCGGCCGCCCGCAGGAACUUCGUACCCUCGGCAUCAAGAAUGGUGACUACAGCAAGCUGGAUGCUGAUGGUCUUGCCCAACCGGCAACCCGAAUUCUCGGUGAUGAUGUGCUAAUUGGUCGAACAUCCGUGUUGCCACCCGACAUGAUCCGGGACGAUGUGGGGCCCAAGAAGUUCGACAGAAAGGACAGCUCAAUUCUUUGCCGAACGGCAGAGAGUGGCAUUGUGGACCAGGUCAUGGUCAGCCUGAACAAGGAUGGGUACAAGUUCACGAAAGUUCGCCUCAGGACUCUAAAAAUUCCGGAGGUCGGAGACAAGUUUGCGUCCCGCCACGGUCAGAAAGGAACGCUGGGCAUCAUGUACCGUCAAGAGGACUUGCCGUUCACACACUUCGGGAUCACGCCUGACAUUAUCAUGAACCCGCACGCCAUUCCAUCUCGGAUGACAAUUGGCCACUUGGUCGAGCAGCUCACCGGAAAGGUUGGUGCUUUGGUUGGCUGCCAAGGGGAUGCCACCCCCUUCACCCGAGUGACGGUGAAGGACAUCUCGAGCAGGCUGCAUGACAUGGGCUUCCAGCGCUUCGGAAACGAAAAGGUCUGGAAUGGACACACUGGACGUCCACUCACAAACAAGAUCUUCGUCGGGCCUGUGUACUACCAGCGCCUGAAGCACAUGGUGAGCGACAAGGUCCAAUCGAGAUCCAGAGGGCCUGUCCAAACAUUGGUGAGACAGCCAACAGAAGGCCGUGCCAAAGAAGGCGGCCUGCGAUUUGGAGAGAUGGAGCGUGAUUGCAUCAUCUCCCACGGAGCAGCCAAAUUCCUGAAGGAAAGGCUUUUCGAUGUCUCUGAUGCGCACAGAGUGCAUGUGUGCGACAAGUGUGGUCUGUUUGCCAUCGCACGGUUAAGCAAAGACACCUACGAGUGCAAGCUCUGCAAGGAUGCGGCAAGAGUGUCUCAGAUUUGCCUCCCGUACGCGUGCAAGCUCAUGAUCCAAGAGCUCAUGACCAUGAACAUCCUGCCACGCCUGACCUUGGUCGUGCAGUGA